UUUCUCUGUGGGUAGCUAUCUCCUCUAACUAAGCCAUCACCUGUUGAACACCUUGAGCAACCUACCUAACUAGAUAGAACCAUGUUCAUCAAGUUACUUUCCUUUGCCGCAAUCGUUGGCGUUUCGGUGGUUGCUGGCUUUCAAGCGCAGUCCACCAGAACAACCACAACCAACACGGACAUUUCGCGUGAUGACUUUCUCAAGACUUCGGCCGUCGUGAGCAUUGCUGCAGCGAUUUUGCCGUCACCCGCCAUGGCGAGAGGUCGAGCCACUUUGGAAUAUUCAUAUGACCGCUACACGCCGAGAAUCGUUGAAGGGGGCAAGUUCUAUACAGGCGACCUCAAAAAGUUGGUGGAAAAGAGUGACUGGAGUGGCAUCAAGAAUGCACUGGCCGAACCACCCAAGCGAACCAAGAGCGACUUGGUCAAACAAGACGCAGGCAUCUCGGAACGAGCGGCUCAAGCGGGACAGUUCUCGGAUGCUCGUGUCAUUGUGGCCUGCGAUCUCUUUGCCUCGGCGUUCUCAGACAACUCCAUCAGCUCCAAGACCAAAAAGAUGAAGGAACAAGUCGAUAUUCUGCGAUCCACUGUGGAAGAAAUGGAUAUGACAGCCAAGAUUGCCUUGGGAGAAGUCUCCACUGGAGGACUUUUUGGAAUUGGAGGCAAAAAGCCAUCUCAGUCCGAGUCUGCCAAAAAGAUGCGUGAAUUAUACAUGGCUGGAGGCACCGCUUACAACAAGUACAUCUUUCUCUCCAACGAUGAACUCCCGCUUUCGUUGAACAAGCUACCUUAUCUGCGGUAAUUAACAGUACUGGGUAGAACUUGUAGCUAGCUGCGGUAUGUUUGCCAUUCGGGCCAAGUAUGUCAUUUGUUAGUACGGCUGUACCAGUACUUAGCUCACCGCGCAUCCUGCACUGUACCGUACUCCGUAUGCCACAGCCGAUCUGAUACGGCAGGUAUCAUAUCUCCGCCAUGUCAGACUCGACAUUAUGCACUCAUUCUGAUCUCUGAUUGUUCGUUUGUGUUGAAGAGGAGGUCCCGAACACCCUACCAACAGAAUUGAACCCCAUUGAGCACACAGUACAUGUAUGUGUGCCCAUUCAAGUCUCCAACUCCAGCGUGACUCGACUCUUUAAGUUACUACUAAGACCUUCCAGUAGCGAGCCGUCCUCGUUCGUUUGCUUUGUCAGCUCCGGCAAUAUUCGCGGAUCAUAGUGGUCAAGCCAUUGUGGGUGAUGGUGCAGUAC